UGGCUUUGCAGGGCGCCGGAGGCCGGCGGGCGGGCGGCGGCUGAGCGGGCGCUCCGAGAGGCCGACGGAAGGUGAGCGCGGUGGGCUAUGGGAUGGAUGAGGUGGAGCAAGACCAGCAUGAGGCCCGACUCAAGGAGCUGUUCGACAGUUUUGACACGACGGGCACCGGGUCCCUGGGACAGGAGGAGCUCACCGACCUCUGCCACAUGUUGAGCUUGGAGGAGGUGGCCCCGGUGUUGCAGGAGACGCUGCUUCAGGACAACCUCUUGGGCAGGGUACAUUUUGAUCAGUUUAAAGAAGCGCUAAUACUUAUCUUGUCUAGAACGCUGUCAGAUGAAGAACACUUUGAAGAGCCAGACUGCUCCCCAGCAGCUCAGCCCAAAUAUGUCCGCGGUGGGAAGCGGUAUGGACGAAGGUCCCUUCCUGAGUUUCAAGAAUCAGUGGAGGAGUUUGACGAGGUGACAGUGAUUGAGCCGCUGAACGAGGAAGCUCGGCCUUCGCACAUCACAGCCAGCGACUGCAAUGAUCCCUGGAAGCACAGUGAGGAGUACGAAGCAGAAGGCCAAUUACGGUUUUGGAACCCGGAUAACUUGAAUGCCUCUCAAAGUGGGCCUUCCCCGCCCCAAGACUGGCUCGAAGAGAAGCUGCAGGAGGUGUGUGAAGAUCUGGGGGUCACCCGCGACGGCCACCUGAACCGGAAGAAGCUGCUCUCUCUCUGUGAGCAGUACGGUUUACAGAACAUCGAUGGAGAGACGCUGGAGGAUGUCUUCCAUAACCUUGACCCUGAUGGUACCAUGAGUGUGGAAGAGUUUUUCUAUGGCUUGUUCAAGAAUGGAAAGUCCCUCACACCAUCAGUAUCUACUCCGUACAGACAGUUGAAAAGGCACCUCUCCAUGCAGUCUUUUGAUGAGAGUGGACGGCGAACCACAACCCUGUCGGCAAUGACAAGUACCAUUGGCUUUCGGGUGUUUUCCUGCUUGGAUGACGGGAUGGGCUAUGCGUCUGUAGAGAGAAUCCUUGACACCUGGCAGGAAGAAGGCGUUGAGAACAGUCAGGAGAUCCUGAAGGCCUUGGAUUUCAGUCUUGAUGGAAAUGUCAACCUGAUGGAAUUGACCCUGGCUUUUGAAAAUGAACUUUUGGUCACCAAGAACAGCAUUCACCAGGCGGCGCUGGCCAGCUUUAAGGCGGAGAUCCGGCAUUUGCUGGAGCGAGUCGAUCAGGUAGUCAGAGAAAAAGAGAAGCUGCGGUCGGAUCUGGAUAAGGCCGAGAAGCUCAAGUCUCUGAUGGCCAUGGAGGUGGACGAUCACCAUGCGGCCAUCGAGCGGCGCAAUGAGCACAACCUCAGGAAACUGGAUGAGGAGUACAAGGAGCGCACAGCCGCCUUGAAGAAUGAGCUCCGCAAGGAGAGAGAGCAGCUCCUGCAGCAGAUUGGCAAGCAGCGCUUAGACCUCGAACAGGAAAUCGAAAAGGCAAAAGCGGAAGAAAACUACAUCCGGGACCGCCUCGCCCUCUCGCUAAAGGAAAACAGUCGUCUGGAAAAGGAGCUCGUGGAGAACGCAGAGAAACUGGCCGAAUAUGAACAUCUGACAAGCAGACUUCAGAGGAAUUUGGACAGCGUGUUAGCAGAGAAGUUUGGUGACCUUGAUCCCAGCAGUGCUGAAUUCUUUCUGCAAGAAGAGAGGCUGGCGCAGCUGAGGCACGAGUACGAGCAGCAGUGCCGCGUGUUACAAGACCAAGUGGAUGAACUGCAGUCGGAGCUGGAGGAAUACCGUGCACAAGGCAAAGUCUUCAGAGUCCCCGGGAAGAGCUCCCUAUCAGAAGAGCUGGAUGGUACCUGCGGUGGCAUUGAGCCUGACCAGGGGCUUGGUUCCGAAGGGUGCAAUCCCCUGAACAUGAGCAUUGAGGCGGAGCUGGUGAUUGAGCAGAUGAAAGAGCACCACCACCGGGAUUUGUGUCGCCUGAGACUGGAGUUUGAAGAGAAAGUCCGCCAUUAUGAAAACCAGCUAGACGACACCAGGCUCACCUGCGGAAAGGAGCAGGAGCGCAUGAGACAGCAGUAUGAGGGGCAAGUGCACGCCUUGGAAAAGCAGAUCAGUGGCCUUAAAAACGAAAUCACCGGACUUCAGGAACAGGCAGUGGUGCUAAAGGAGGCACAACACGAGGCUACCUGCAGACACCAGGAGGAGAAAAGGCAACUGCGACGGCAGUUCGAUGAAGAACGGACCCAUCUGCAGGAGAAGCUGAGACUGGAACAUGAAGUAGAGCUCCAGGCCAGGCUGGCGCAGGUAGAGGAAAGCUUUGACCGAGAAAGGGAAGGACUCCUUCACGAGGGCGCCUGGGCAGAAGGGAAGGUGAGAGACUUAACUCAGGAACUAGAGCACCUUCACCAGGAGCAGCUGCAGAGCCUGGCGGAGAAGCACGCUCUUGAGAAAGCGCAGCUGCACAAGGAGCUCUUGGAAAAGCACCAACGGGAACUUCAGGAGGGGAGGGAAAAAAUGGAAACUGAGUAUAAUAGAAGAACCUCCCAGAUAGAGGCCCAAUUUCAGGCGGAUUGCCAGAAAGUCACUGAGAGAUACGAAGACGCGCUGCGGAGCCUGGAGGAGGACUGCCGCCAGCAGCUGCAGGAGCUCCUGGAGCAGCAACGGGAAGAGAAAGCCCAGUGGGAGUUUGAGAAGGAUGAGCUGACCCAGGAGUGUGCUGAAGCCCAGGAGAGGCUGAAAGAGACGCUUCAAAGAGAGAAAGCCGUCUCUCUGGUCCUGACCCAGGAGAGAGAGAUGCUGGAGAAAACUUACGAAGACCAUCUGAAUAGUGCGGUUGUCGAGAAAGAGCAGCUCCGCAGAGACCUGGAGGGUCUGAAAAAUGAGUCUGCAAAUGAGCAAAGUCGACUGGCCAACCAGAUACUUGAGUUGAAGAGCAAUCACGAAAGAGAGUUGAAGCGCUGCGCGCAGGCCCUGUGCCAGGCAGGGGCCUCGGAGCAGCAGGAGCCUCUAGAGGUGAAACGAGAGCAGGAGAGACAGGAACUGGUGGUGCAGCUGCUGGCUGCGGAGAAGAUGCACAGAGUGACCCGUGAGAGAGCAGACCAAGAGCGGGCCGAGAUGCACGCAGAAAUCUCCAGGCUGGAGACUGAGCUAAAGGAAGUGCAGCUGGCAGCCUCUCCUCCCUGCAGGCCCGAGAGUGGCUGCCAGGCCACGGGAGGGAGGGAGGCCGACGGAAGCAGCGCCAUGUCCCUGCUGCAGCAAGGGGAGCAGCUGCUGGAAGAGAAUGGAGAUGUCCUCCUGAGCCUGCAGAGGGCUCAUGAGCGAGCAGUGAAGGAGAAUGUGACGAUGGCGGCUGAAAUUUCUCGGUUGCAGAAAAGGCUGCAAAGAUUAGAGCCCGGAUCAGUGAUAUCUUCCUGUUUGGAUGAGUCAAGUACUGAAUUUUUAAGAAAUUCCCUGGGACAAACGGAGCCAUGUGUACUACAAAACAGAAUGAAGCGAAUGGAAGGUGUAACCAAGAGGCGCGUCCUGAGUGACUUGCAAGAUGAUGAGACCCGGGACCUGAGAAGUACAGCCACCAGCUCUCCUCAGAGGUGGGAGGCCAGAAUAGAGUCUGAAGCAUCAAUAGAGAGUUUCUCUGAGCUUGAAAAUAGCGACGAGACCAGGACUCUGUCCUGGGACCUAAAGAUUCAGGUUAGUCAGCUUCGGGAACAGCUAGCAACCUUACGUGCCGACUGUGAGCGAGCUUCUGAAAAAAAACAGGACCUUCUUUUUGAUAUUUCAGUACUCAAAAAGAAACUGAAGACGCUUGAGAGACUCCCAGAGGCUUCUCCCAAGUAUAAGUUGUUCUAUGAAGAAGCGAGUAGGGAAAAUGACUGCCUUCAGGAGGAACUGCGCGCGAUGGAGAGCCACUACGAUGAAGCACUAGACACGAACAAAGACCUUACUUCCGAAGUGUUCCGAUUGCGGGAAGAGCUCAAGAAAGUUGGAGAAGUGACCGAGCCGUUCCUUAGCCUGGAAAAGAGUUAUGAUGAAGUCAAAGGAGAAAACGAGGAGCUGACGGUUCUGGUUUUGAGACUUCAAGGAGAGAUCGAGAAGCUGCAGGGGAGAUCAGUGUUACAGUGUGAUUGCGUUUCCCUAUGGGACGGCCAUUUAAAUCACAUGCAGGUUGAACCUGAUGAAAAGGGAUGUGAAUCGAAUCAGGCACUAGAAGAGCGCAUGUCAAGUUUCAGCAACGUGCAUCGUGUUAAAGAAGGGGCUGCAGGAGAACACCAAUUCCCCGAGCGAGACCACACGCCACUCUUGGGGAAGAAAAGGAAAGCGCAUGCAGUUACUUGGCAAGGAACCGCUCAGACGUAUUCAGAACAGCCAAGGACACAGACCCAGGCUCUCCCGGGGGAAACUCCUGCCCUGGUCGGCCUGCGAGACAAACAGUGUCAGCGCCAAGCCACGAUAGCCGAGUUGGAGCUGGAGAAAGAAAAGCUCCAGGAGCUGACUAGAAAGUUGAGGGAGAGAGUCACGACCUUAGUGAAGCAAAAAGAUGGACCUUCUCCAGGAGAACAGGAGGAAGAGCUGAAGUCAGCGAUGCUUGACUUGCAAAACACAUGCAGCGAAAUGCAGCAAAAAGUUGAACUUCUGAGAUAUGAAUCUGAGAAACUUCAAGAUGAAAAUUCUAUUUUGAGAAAUGAAAUUACCAGUUUAAAUGAAGAAGAUAGUGUUUCGAACCUGAAAUUAGGGGCAUUAAAUGGAUCUCAGGAAGAAAUGUGGAAAAAAAUAGAGGCUGUAAAAAAGGAAAAAGAUAUCGUUCAGAAGAUGGUUGAAAAUUUAAAGAAUCAGAUUUCAGAGUUAAAAGCCAAAAACCAACAGUUGGACUUGGAAAACAUAGCCCUUAGCCAAAAGAACGCUCAGAAUCAGGAAGAGUUGCAAAAACUUCAUCAACGUCUGUCCGAAGUGCUGUGCCAGAAGGAAACGGAGCCGGGAGAUGCUGCGCUGCAGGAAUGGGAGCGAGAAAAGUCUAAUCUGAAAGAAGAGCUGGAACAUUGUCAAGUGCAGUCUUCCACUGCAGUCUCUUCCCUGGAGGCUGAGCUUGCUGAAGUCAAAACACAGGCCCGCGUUGUGGAACAGGAAAACCUCCUCCUCCGAGAUGAACUGGAAAAAAUGAAACAACUGCACAGAUGCCCCGAGCUCUCUGGCUUCCAGCAAAAACUGUCUAGUGUCCUGAGCGACAGUGAAAAACUGCUGGAGGAAAAGGAAGCACUGCGUCAAGAACUGAGUAGCUGCAUUGAUAAGUUGGCAAAAUCAAGUUUCCUGGAGCACAGAAUCACUACUAUGCAGCAGGAGCAGAAGUCGUGGGAGCACCAGAAUGAAAGCCUCAAAGCCCAGCUGGUGGCUUCCCGGGGAAAGGUUCAAAGUUUAGAAGAUACUCUGCAGAAUAUGAAUCUGCAAAUGUCCCGGAUCAACUCUGACCUCCAGGUAACCCAGCAGGAGAAGGAGACCUUGAAGCAAGCAGUGGUGUCUUUACAUAAGCGACUUCAGAAUGCUGGUGACAAGAACAGAGCCCCAGAAAAAGCCACACAGCCAUCCGGGCUCCACAGCCAGCUGAAAAGCCUGUCUUGGGACAAGUUGGAUCAUUUGAUGAAUGAGGAGCAGCAGCCGCUGUCGCAAGAGAAUGAGAGACUGCAGACUGGGGUGCUGAACACCAAAGCAGAACUCACACACUCCCGGGAGAAGGCCAGUCAAGUAAAUUCCCUUGAACAAGAAUUAGAGAAAAUUCAUUUGGAAAAUGAAGGGCUAAAACAGAAGCAAGUCAGAUUGGAUGAGCAACUGAUGGAGCUGCAGCCCCUGAGGUCCACUGGGAUGCUUAGUCCAGCCCCUCCUGCGUGGGGUCUGCAGUGGGUCCAGCAGCAAGCCUGUCCGAUGGUGCCCAGGGAGCAGUUUCUGCAGCUUCAGCACCAGCUGCUUCAGGCAGAGAAGGUCAACCAGCACCUGCAAGAGGAACUUGAAAACAGGACCACGGAAACCAGCACUCCACAGGGAAACCAGGAGCAAGUGGUAACAGUCAUGGAAGAACGAAUGAUGGAAAUUGAACAGAAACUGAAAUUGGUGAAAAGGCUUCUCCAGGAGAAAGUGAAUCAGCUUAAAGAACAACUCUGCAAGAACACUAAUGCAGAUGAGAUGGCGAAGGAUUUGUAUGUUGAAAAUGCCCAGUUGUUGAAAGCCCUGGAAAUGACUGAGCAGCGGCAGAGAACAGCAGAGAAGAAGAAUUGCCUUCUAGAAGAGAAGAUUGCCAGCCUCAGUAAUAUAGUCAGGAACCUGACACCAGCGCCAUGGACUUCUGCACCUCCUCUGAGGUCGUAGCCACGCCAAAGACCACUUGUGCACUUUGUUGAGAUGGACGGAGCUUUCCGUGCAUCCUCACAAGCUCCCUCACUUUUUCAUACCCAACCCCUCAAACCUUUAAUGGCUAAAAGUAAGUCGAACCUAAAACUGCCAGCAAAGGAUUGGCAUCUCUCAAACAUGUUUUGAACAAAUAUUCACUUACAUCUUUGCUUAAAUUGUUCUUAAAAUUUCUAUUUCUUUUAGCAUGCUAAUACCAAGAAGGCAAAUAAAUGAAAACAAUUCAAGAAUCUUAAAACCCUAGUUCUGAAUAAAAGUGUUUUAAAAUGAUUGCUGUGAACACAUCUACAUAUAGGUUCCAGGUAUUUAAGUUUCUAAACCAAUUAGAAACUUUAUUUUGAACUUUAUUUAUUUAAAAACCAAAUUUAGGUGCCCUGAACAUAUAAAUACUGAAACACCAUUUGUAUUUAAUAGUUUAGUUCUUCGACUCCAUCAGUAAACUCUUCAGAAAAGGAAAUGGAGCUAAAGGUCAACCACUGAUGUCAGCAAAAUCUGUGUGUAAUAUAAACUCAGCUUCUCGCUUCAAUGACAGUAUUACUGCUCUGGGGGUGAAACUUUACAGAGGCCAACUGAUUGACUCACCUGAACUGUUAACCAAGGUCAAGGCUUUACUUACUUGGGACAGCCCUUUCACCCAAUUUGGAGUUGCUAUCCAAGGGAUGGUUUACAAAGCCACCGUCUGCAAGCACUUGAGCUGUAGGGAAAACACUACAAAAAACCACUUCGCAGGAAAGCAGCUAUUUUUUGGAGCGAGAUGUGCAAACCAUGUGGGGCUGUUUAUCACUAAGAGUCCAUGAACUUAACCUUUGGGGUUAUCUCAAGAACUCAGGGAACAAUUCUUCAACUGUAUUCCUGAACUACUGUAGGGCCUCUCUAAAUAUAUGAAAUGUACAAACUA